UCACCCAACAAAGUCAAGAAGACACACAAAGCAUCCACUCUUACCGCCCACUCCCGCUUAGAAUAAUACUAGAAUACCCAAGUGGGGUAAGCGGGCUUAAAGGAAUAGGGAUUUUAUAGUGGUGUAAUGAAUCAGGAAGAGUUAAGAUGAUUAAGUGUGUAUUGGAGUAUAGCAAGGGAAAUAAGUGACUUGGGAAGUGUUUUGAGAGAAUUUAUUGAGGGAAGAUUAGGGGCUGAAAGUAGACAGUAGGUGGUGAGAAAUUAUCAGUAAUGAUCACAAUCUUCUUUAGGAGUACUAGAAUUUGAACCUUAAUGACAGAUUUAUGAAGAAUAGAUGAGUUACUUUGAACUUAAUGUAUCAGAAGUCGUAGAUGAGUCUUAAAUCAAAUAGCUCAAAACAGGAAACCCUAAAGAUUAUCAAUGAGCAUUACCUUAAGAACUUACCUCAAUAUCCUAUUACUCUAAAUCUUCAGAUAUGUAUUGAAAAGGUCAGGAAUUUACACCUAAAUAUAGCCAAAAGAUCUAAUCUUACUCGCAAUUAUCUCUGGCUCUUCCCUAUCCUUGGGAGCAUAAGCUGAGCAACGGGAUCAGACAAGGCUAGAAGCUAAUUUUAAGGCAAUAAAAACCAGGUGAUAAGUUAGCUACAUAAGCGCACUGAACCACCUAAUACUAGCCAAGUGUUCAGCCACAACUAUAUUUUAUAGCUCAUGAGAACCCAGAAAAGGCCAAAACUU